CAGAAGAAGAACCACGUGGUGCAGCAGCAUGUCGCCUCCGGGAGGAAAGAUAAACAGACCCAAAACGGAACUGGGCAGGAACCUGUUCAAGAGGAGGAGAGUUCAGGGCCGAGAGAAGAGGAAGAAACACCUGAUCGUUGGAGCCGUCGUGGAUGAAGGACUGAUUACUGUCCAUCACCUGAAGAAGAGGAAGUCCAGCCAGAGAGCAAACAUCACUCUGUCGGGGAAGAAGAAGAGGAAACUGCUGAAGCAGCUGCAGAGGAUGCAGACGGAGAAGAGCAGCAUGGAGGUGUCGGCACCACAGAAGAAGAAGCAGACUCCUCCUCCUCCUCCUCCAGCAGCAGCUCCAGCCCAGAAGAAGAAGAAGAGCGGAACUGGUUGCCACGGCGAUGUGGAGAUGGUGGACGUGGCCUGAACCGGCUGACAGGAAGUGAUUGACGCUAACAGGAAGUGGAACGCAAAAACAAACCGAGUUUGACCCGUUGGAGAAAUGAGCUAAAGCUCCUGAGUGUUUGAGUCUUAUUAAAGAAAAUAAAGCCUUAAA